AAGCCCGGCCUGCACUGCGGCGUUUCCCGCGCGGGCUACCCCAGUUCCCGGGCGUACGGCGCGGCCUUUUGUACCGCCGCCGGCGCCGUCGCCGUCAUGGGUUUCCUGAAACUGAUUGAGAUCGAGAACUUUAAGUCGUACAAGGGUCGGCAGAUUAUCGGACCUUUUCAGAGGUUCACCGCCAUCAUUGGACCCAAUGGCUCUGGUAAGUCAAAUCUCAUGGAUGCGAUCAGCUUUGUGUUGGGUGAGAAAACCAGCAACCUGCGAGUAAAGACGCUGAGGGACCUGAUCCAUGGAGCUCCUGUGGGCAAGCCAGCUGCCAACCGGGCCUUUGUCAGCAUGGUCUACUCUGAGGAGGGUGCUGAGGAUCGCACCUUUGCCCGUGUCAUUGUUGGGGGUUCCUCUGAGUACAAGAUCAACAACAAAGUGGUCCAGCUACACGAAUACAGUGAGGAAUUAGAGAAGUUGGGCAUUCUCAUCAAAGCUCGUAACUUCCUUGUCUUCCAGGGUGCUGUGGAAUCUAUUGCCAUGAAGAACCCCAAAGAGAGGACAGCUCUAUUUGAAGAGAUCAGUCGCUCUGGGGAGCUGGCUCAGGAAUAUGAUAAGCGAAAGAAGGAAAUGGUGAAGGCCGAAGAGGACACACAGUUUAAUUACCAUCGCAAAAAAAACAUUGCCGCUGAACGCAAGGAGGCCAAACAGGAGAAAGAAGAGGCUGACCGCUACCAGCGCCUGAAGGAUGAGGUGGUGCGAGCUCAGGUGCAGCUGCAGCUCUUUAAGCUCUAUCACAACGAAGUGGAAAUUGAGAAGCUCAAUAAGGAACUGGCCUCUAAGAACAAGGAGAUCGAGAAGGACAAGAAGCGAAUGGACAAGGUAGAGGAUGAGCUGAAGGAGAAGAAGAAGGAGCUGGGCAAAAUGAUGCGGGAGCAGCAACAGAUUGAGAAGGAGAUCAAGGAGAAGGACUCAGAGCUGAACCAGAAGCGGCCUCAGUACAUCAAAGCUAAGGAGAAUACCUCCCACAAAAUCAAGAAGCUGGAAGCAGCCAAGAAGUCCCUGCAGAAUGCUCAGAAGCAUUAUAAGAAGCGUAAAGGUGACAUGGAUGAGCUGGAAAAGGAGAUGCUGUCAGUAGAGAAAGCCCGGCAGGAGUUUGAGGAACGGAUGGAAGAGGAGAGUCAGAGUCAGGGCAGAGACUUGACCUUGGAGGAGAAUCAGGUGAAGAAAUACCACCGAUUAAAAGAAGAAGCCAGCAAGAGAGCAGCUACCUUGGCCCAGGAGCUGGAGAAGUUCAAUAGAGAUCAGAAGGCUGACCAGGACCGGCUGGAUCUGGAAGAGCGGAAGAAAGUAGAGACAGAGGCAAAGAUUAAGCAAAAGCUCAGGGAGAUUGAAGAGAAUCAGAAACGGAUUGAGAAACUAGAGGAAUACAUCACCACUAGCAAGCAGUCCCUAGAGGAGCAGAAGAAGUUAGAGGGGGAGCUGACAGAGGAGGUGGAGAUGGCCAAGCGGCGUAUUGAUGAGAUCAAUAAAGAGCUGAACCAGGUGAUGGAACAGCUGGGGGAUGCUCGUAUUGACCGACAGGAGAGCAGCCGCCAACAGCGAAAGGCAGAGAUUAUGGAAAGCAUCAAGCGCCUGUACCCUGGCUCUGUGUAUGGCCGCCUCAUUGACCUCUGUCAACCCACACAAAAGAAAUAUCAGAUUGCUGUAACCAAAGUUUUGGGCAAGAACAUGGAUGCCAUUAUCGUGGACUCUGAGAAGACAGGCCGGGACUGUAUUCAGUACAUCAAGGAACAACGUGGGGAGCCUGAGACCUUCUUGCCUCUUGAUUACCUGGAGGUGAAACCUACAGAUGAGAAGCUCCGGGAACUGAAGGGGGCCAAGCUGGUGAUUGAUGUGAUUCGUUAUGAGCCGCCCCACAUCAAAAAGGCCCUGCAGUAUGCUUGUGGCAAUGCCCUCGUCUGUGACAAUGUGGAGGAUGCUCGCCGCAUUGCCUUUGGAGGCCACCAGCGUCACAAGACAGUGGCACUGGAUGGGACCCUGUUCCAGAAGUCAGGAGUGAUCUCUGGUGGGGCCAGUGACUUGAAGGCCAAGGCUCGGCGCUGGGAUGAGAAAGCAGUGGAUAAAUUAAAAGAGAAGAAGGAGCGGUUGACAGAAGAGCUGAAAGAGCAGAUGAAGGCAAAGCGGAAAGAGGCAGAGCUACGUCAGGUGCAGUCUCAGGCCCAUGGACUGCAGAUGCGACUCAAGUACUCGCAGAGUGACCUGGAACAGACCAAGACACGACAUCUAGCCCUGAAUCUACAGGAGAAGUCCAAACUGGAGAGUGAGCUAGCCAACUUUGGGCCUCGCAUUAAUGAUAUCAAGAGGAUUAUCCAGAGUCGUGAGAGGGAAAUGAAAGACUUGAAGGAGAAGAUGAACCAGGUAGAGGAUGAGGUGUUUGAAGAGUUUUGUCGGGAGAUUGGUGUGCGCAACAUCCGGGAGUUCGAGGAAGAGAAGGUGAAGCGGCAGAAUGAAAUUGCCAAGAAGCGUUUGGAGUUUGAGAAUCAGAAGACUCGCUUGGGCAUCCAGUUGGAUUUUGAAAAGAACCAACUGAAAGAGGACCAGGAUAAAGUACACAUGUGGGAGCAGACAGUGAAAAAGGAUGAAAAUGAGAUAGAAAAGCUCAAGAAGGAGGAACAAAGACACAUGAAGAUCAUAGAUGAGACCAUGGCCCAGCUACAAGACCUGAAGAAUCAGCACCUGGCCAAGAAGUCGGAGGUGAAUGACAAGAAUCAUGAGAUGGAGGAGAUUCGUAAGAAACUGGGGGGCGCCAACAAGGAAAUGACCCAUUUACAGAAGGAGGUAACAGCCAUUGAGACCAAGCUGGAGCAGAAACGCAGUGACCGCCACAACCUGCUGCAGGCUUGCAAGAUGCAGGAUAUCAAGUUGCCACUGUCUAAGGGCACCAUGGAUGACAUUAGUCAGGAGGAGGGUAGCUCCCAGGGAGAGGAUUCUGUGAGUGGUUCCCAGCGAACUUCCAGCAUCUAUGCACGAGAGGCCCUGAUUGAGAUUGACUACGGUGACCUGUGUGAAGAUCUGAAGGAUGCCCAGGCUGAGGAGGAGAUCAAACAGGAGAUGAAUACACUGCAGCAGAAGCUGAAUGAGCAGCAAAGUGUACUCCAGCGUAUUGCUGCCCCCAACAUGAAAGCCAUGGAGAAGCUGGAAAGUGUCCGAGACAAGUUCCAGGAGACCUCAGAUGAGUUUGAGGCAGCCCGAAAGCGAGCCAAGAAAGCCAAGCAGGCAUUCGAACAGAUCAAGAAGGAGCGCUUUGACCGCUUCAAUGCUUGUUUUGAAUCUGUGGCCACCAACAUCGAUGAGAUCUAUAAGGCCCUAUCCCGCAACAGCAGUGCCCAGGCAUUCCUGGGCCCCGAGAACCCCGAGGAGCCCUACCUGGAUGGCAUCAACUAUAACUGUGUGGCUCCUGGCAAACGCUUCCGGCCUAUGGACAACUUGUCAGGGGGGGAGAAAACAGUGGCGGCUCUGGCUUUGCUCUUUGCCAUCCACAGCUACAAGCCAGCCCCCUUCUUCGUCCUGGAUGAGAUCGAUGCUGCCCUGGAUAACACCAACAUUGGCAAGGUGGCAAAUUACAUCAAGGAGCAGUCGACUUGCAACUUCCAGGCCAUCGUCAUCUCUCUCAAGGAGGAGUUCUACACCAAGGCUGAGAGCCUCAUUGGAGUCUACCCCGAGCAAGGGGACUGUGUGAUCAGCAAAGUCCUGACCUUCGACCUCACCAAGUACCCAGAUGCCAACCCCAACCCCAAUGAGCAGUAGCAGUAGUUCUGCCCUCCUGCCCUGUCUGGAUCCCUAAGCUUCCCCUCUCCCAAUCUCUGGAUAUUUGGCUCCCAACCUCCCCCUACCUCCCGUCCCUGUUUGGUAUAGUCAUGGGAUUUAGGCAUUGCUGUCAAGCACGAAGAGGAACAGAGGUGAUAUUAGGUCUGGAGCAAAAAUUCCUGAGCUUCAGGGAGCAUCCUGGCCUUUGGAAGGAGGUGCUGAGCUGAACUGAGCUGAACAGGGCCAUCUGUCCAUCCCCUAUCUUCCCCUCUCCCAGACCUCCCCCCUCCUCCCUCCUCCCAUCACCCAUAAUCAUGGGUUGGGCCCCUUGCAUCUUGCUUGUGUGUGGGUAUGUAUGUGUGUAUAUAUGUGUCCGCAUGUGUGCAUAUGGGCGUGCUUGCAAAAUAAUAAAAGAUAUUGGAGAUCCAUUUUAGAAGGAGCCUAGGCUGAAUUUGAUUCCAAGAGAGCUUAGUAUGACAGCACCCCAGAGCUGGGCAAAGGUAUUCAGGACCUCAUAGGAAUCAGUCACAUGAAAUUGCCCUCAUUCACUCAUUUGUGUUUUUGUUCAUUUGUGUAUUCAUCAGACAUAUAUUGAGCACCUUCUAUUUGUCAGGCUCUAUUCUAGAAAUACAGAGCUAAAUCAGAUAUGGUCUCUACCCUCCUACCAAGGAGAUGCAGUGGGUUCAUGGUUUCUCGUGGUCAGCUGAAUCAUAUUUAUAGGUACUUAGAGUUUGAGAAGAGGAUGAUCACCUCCAGGCUUCCUGGAGAAGGUCACAUUUGAGCUGAACCUUGACAAUUGGUAGGAUUUGGUUGGGCACUAGGAGUGGAACCUGGGCUCUGGGGACAGACAUUUGUGGGUUCUAGUCCUUUUUUUUAAAAUCACUAGUUUGAUGUUGGGCAAGUCAUUUGACCUUUCUGUGCCUCAGUUUCCUCAUCUGUAAAAUGGGGCUAACAAUAUUACCUACCUCAUAGGAUUUAAUGAUGUCAAGCUCCUCACUGGGGGCCUUAUCCCUGCUUGGAGCCCACUAGGUGCCAACCCCUCAGAAUAAAAGCCUUCUCAUACCUGGACCCCUGAGGGGUCUGAUCCCAGUUGUUGGGGAUGGAAAGACUCUCCAGAUCUGGGAGAUGCUAAAUGCCUUGGUUACUGAGAAAGUUCCAGGGCACUGAUGGGGUUUACCCGGUAAGUGAAGGGCUUAAGGAAGCCUAUAGCUUCAAUCAUGUAUGGUAACCAGGUGCCUGGGCCCCAACCCGGGUCAUGAGGAAGUCGGGGAGAGGUAGCCUGGGCCACAUCCCGGCCGAAUAUGUGUGAAGUUCCUUCUGGGAACUAACCUGUGUCAGCUGCAGGGACCGUGCAGAGGCAGCAGAGCCUGCUGCCAUGAGGUCAGCCUAUGCUCGUUCUCAUACACUGUCAGACCAUCACCUUGUCCUGAUUGUAUACCACAUUCUUGUUUCUUCAAAGUUAAAUUUGUUCUGAUUACUCAAGUGACUCAUGAAUCCAUUCUCUAAGAUGUCAGAUUUAUAAGUAGAGCUAGCCUUGUUUGACUACCAUUGCCCGUCCCCUUCUAAACUGCUGUUAUGUUUGUUGUACAUCCAUCUAGACAGUUUUAAGACUUUGACAUAUAUGAGCUCAUUGAAAAUAUUGUGUAUUUAAUACAAAUGGUAUAUUGAGUCGUUCUGCAGUUUGCUUUCCUUGUUUAACAGUUUUUGAGAUCUAUGCAUGUUUUUGCUAAAUGUAGAUUCAAUUCAUCCAUUGUAAUUGCCAUAUGGAGUGCCAUCAUAUGACUCUAUCACAUCGUACCCAUUUCUUUUGUGAUAGCUAGUUAAGACUGUUUUCUCUUUUUGCUAUUACAGAAUACAACACAGGAACAUUUGUGUGUGUGUGUGUGUGCGCGUGCGUGUGUAUAUGAGUUUAUCUAGGGUUGCUUCCUAGAAGUUGAAUUGCAGAGUCAUAGACUAUUUAUAUUUUUGUUUUAAAUAGAGGCUUCCAAAUUGCCCUCCUGUACUAUUUACUCAAUCUUUUUCUUGAGGUUGUCUUAGGUGUAACAUUGUUAUCUACUUGAGUUUUAUCCUAAGUAGUGAUAUCCAUGAAACCAUGGAUUUGAUAUGCUAAUUAUGUAUUUUUCUAAUACAUAUUGAAAGGCAUAACUCAAAAUAAAUUUGUCUUUGUUCAACCAAAGAAGUCACAUACCACCAGUGGUACAUGUGCUGUAGUUUGGGAAAUGCUGGCAUAUCUGAAAGCACAAUUUGGGAGUCGCCCUGGUUCAAAUCCUAGCUGUAGAAACUUGAGCUCAUUACUUCACCUCCCUGGAUCUCAGUUUCCUCACAUAGAAAAGGACUUAAUCUGUGCCCUAUUUGCAGCCAUGUAGGGAAGAUGAAGUGUGCUGGAAGGAGUUUGGCUGAUACCUAGAUCCUCCCAGGCCUUUCAGGGUAGCAAUUGCUAUUUGCCCCACUUUACAAAUGAGGAAACUGAGGCCCAGGAAGUUUAAGUGACCCAGCUACCAGGUAACAGUAAGAAUUUGAACCCAGGCCCCCCCCAAUUCAGUCUUGUGCUUUCUCCACUACAAGGGUGGUUUUCAACCUUGGCUGUGCACCAGAAUCACUUGUGAAGAUUUUUCUUUUUUCUUUUUUAAAAAUCAAAGCAAUAUAUACACCAGGUAGGAAGUAAAAUAGUACAGAAGGGCUUACAAUGCAAAGCAGCUGUUCCCUGCUGCACCCCCACAUCCAAAGGAUGUGGAGCUCCUUGCUCUGGUCCCACCCCUGGAAAUCUAAUUCAGUAGGUGUGGAUAAUAAUCUGGAUACCUAAUUCUUACCUCACAUGGUAGAAAGGAUUAGAUGAGAUGCCUUGGACUAAAGCCUGGCCCACAGGGGCACAAGUGCUGCAGAGCACUUAGGUCCUAAGGAUCAGAGAGGUGAAAGGCUUUGUCCUAGAACCCAGUGGGUCAUUGGUAGAAUCUAGGCUUCAACUAGGAGGGAUCUCUGCUUGCCCAGUGCUUUCCCACUGUGCCGCCUGCUUUCUAUCAUCACAAAGGAGCAUGUGCUCAGUGAAGGCUGUGCUCACGUGAGAGCUUAUGGCACAGUGUGUUUCCAGGAGUAAGCUGGAUCCAAAUAGAAUCCCUAGGACUUGUUGGAGGAUGCUAGGUUGACUCCCUUAUACCCUGGACCCAGUAGCCUUGGUCUGGGGAGUUGAAGGGUGCUCCAUGACCGUGUUUACCUUUAACUGGGCACUUCACUCUGGGAAUCACUGUGUUGCCCACCAGGGACAUAAACAUGAGUCAAAUCUUUACCCCACCUUUGAGGAGCUCACUAGUUAGGGGAGGCAAUUCCUAGAACAGCCGUUAAGCAUGCAGUCUGAUAGCCCUCUGAUAGGAGUGUGGAAAAGGAAGGGCCUGUAGCUUAUACAGAGGUUCAGGGAAGGCAUCCUCUAGUCUAGGAGGUGACACCUGAGCUGAGUCUUGAGAGCCUGGUCGGAAUUACCUAGUUGAAGUGGAAGGAAUUUUCAGGGAGUGGGGACAGUAUGCACAAAAACCUGAAGACAAGAAACAGCAAAAACAGUUGAGAAGUACUGAAACAAGAUUUAACAGAGUUCAGAUUUCUUUCAUGAGACAGCGUGGUUCCCAAACUGGCUAUGCACCAGAACCACGUGGAGCACUCUGGGCUCCAUCCUCAAAAAGUUUGAUUUCUGUAACUGGGGUGAUGCCUCAAGAUCUUGAGUGCUU